AUGUCUGAAGAUGGGGAUGAUGACGGUGAUGAUAUUUUACCACCACCACCGUUGAUAAGAGAGUUGGGCCGCCACAAGAGAAAUCAUCCGCUAUGCAUUGUGUUGCCCACAAUUAAUCAAAAUGCUGAAAUCAAGCCCGAUUUCAUUCAAGUGCUACCCAAGUUUGGUGAUCUACCUGGAGAGAGUGCACACAAGCAUCUGGCUGAAUUUGAUUUAGGUAGAGCUCGAGAUUGGUUGCUUGAUCUAUCACCUGGCUCAAUCAGAACUUGGAACGACUUAGAGGAGCAGUUCUUGCGUAAAUUCUUUCCAGAAUCAAAGGCUGCAAAUCUAAGAAUAGCUAUUAGUGGCAUCAAGCAGAGGCAGCAGGAGUGUUUGAGGAUUGUUGAUGCUGCUUCUGGAGGAAGUUUGACCAACAAGACCUUAGAUGAAGCAAAACAAUUGAUUUUUGAUAUGGUCUCCAAUGGUCAACAAUAUGAGGAUGAGAAUGAUGAUAGGUACAGGCCGGUCAACAGAGCAGAAGAUGCAUGUGUGAAUGAGAAACUCGAUGUUCUAACUUCCUUAGUUAGAGGCUUUGUUGGAGCUCAAAUUCAGAAGGAUAAUCAUCCAAAUUUCAGCUGGAAUCAUUCGCCUGAAUUUUUCACCAGCGCACAGCCGCAGGCUGGGCGGUAUGGCCAUACCGACCGUCCAGAACCCAGUAUGAGCGAUAUUCUUAAAAAUCUAGAACAGAGCAGUCAGAUUAUUAAUAAUCUGGUACAAAGUCAGCAAGCUUUCCAGCAAGAGACGCAGGCUGCGUUGGGUAGUAUGGGCACACAGAUCACUCAACUCACCACUCAAGUGAACAAGUUGCAAGCCAAUCAUGGAAAAAUUCCAUCUCAAGAAGAAGUACAUCCCAAGGAAUAUGUUUAUGCCGUGAAUUUCAUGAGUGAGGAAGACUUAUUUGAUCCAAAGCCCAUGGAAGAUGAAAAGGAGAAGGAAGAGCAAGAAAGUGCUCAAAACGAUGAAGUUGUUGAAGAGGCACAACAAUAUGAAAAUAUUUCUUCUUCCGAUGUAAGUGUUGAAUCUAAAAUUUAUAAUUCUAAGGCGUUAAUUUCUCUCACUUUUCCUUUCACGUUGGCUCAAAAUAAGAAUAAAGAAUGUGGCAGGGAGAUUCUGAAAAUGUUCACGAUGAAUAAAGAACCACCAGAAUGUUAUGAUGAAAUUCAAGGGUGUAAAGUGCAGUCGAACUCCACCAAUGAAGUUCACACUUGGCAUCUGUCGCGCGGUAUGCCCAUACUGACCAACAUUGAACCACUUGUGCCUUCAAUUGUGAAACUACCAAAGCGGAAAUUGAAACCACCUGAUUAUUGA